CCCACCCCCGCCGGCCGAGUCCCUCCGCCGUACGUCCGGCCGGCGAUGCACCACCGCGACGCGACGGAAUCAUCACGCGGAUCUCCCCUCUUCCCCAACCCAAACCUGACGCUGUGAAUUUAAUUAAUAAUAAUAAAAAAACAAAGAUCUCGCCGCGCUUCCCACCGAGCGGCGGAGCAUACAAAGCAGCAGGAGCAGUUGAUUGGGUAGAUCGAAGCAGCAGGGUGAGGUAGGCCUGAAGGAUUCCGCCAUGGCAGCAGCAGCAGUAGCAGCAGGGAGAGGAGGGGUUAGGGGAAGAGGAGAGGGGGAGGAGGGGUCGCUGGCUCGGCGGGCGUGGCGGCAGUACCUGCGCCAGCUCCAGCUCCACCCUCUCCGGACCAAGAUGAUCACGGCGGGGUGCCUCGCCGGCGUCAGCGACUCCGUGGCGCAGAAGCUCUCCGGCUACCAGAGGAUCGAGAAGCGCCGCCUCCUGCUCAAGAUGCUCUUUGGGUUUGCUUAUGGUGGCCCUUUUGGCCAUUUCCUCCAUAAAGUGUUAGAUUAUAUCUUCAAAGGGAAGAAGGAUACCAAAACUAUAGCCAAGAAGGUGUUACUGGAGCAGAUCACUUCUUCUCCCUGGAAUAAUCUGCUCUUCUUGUUCUAUUAUGGAUAUGUUGUUGAGAGGAGGCCUUUUAAGGAGGUGAAGACCAGGGUUAAGAAACAAUAUCCCUCGGUGCAAUUGUCUGCUUGGAUGUUUUGGCCAAUAGUUGGUUGGAUAAAUCAUAUGUACAUGCCGUUGCAGUUCCGGGUGAUUUUCCACAGCUUUGUUGCAUGUUGCUGGGGGAUAUUUCUUAACCUUCGUGCAAGGGCCAUGUCUUUGAAGCAGUCGUAGAGAAUUUAGUAGGAAAAAAUUGCAGCACCUCUCCAACUUGAUUCUUACUGACUAAAGAACAAGGAUGCUGAGUGCUACGCAAUAUGCAGUUAGCAACAAAUUGUUACGAGUGGUUUGGGAUUUCGAGUAUUUAUCUGGUGUUUAGUUGGGUUUGUUUGUCAGCAAAUGCGAGAUUGUUAACAAAGGUAUUCUGUUGACACCGGUUAUGACUUAUGAUGAACCCAAAGUAUGAUUUGAUAUCUAUGGAUGAGCUUGGCCUGCCUUUGAAAUCCA